UAGGCCAGUGAAUUACCUAAUUGCAAAUCUCUCCAUUGUUUCUAUAAUUGCUUCUGUUGUCGGGAUUCUUUACUUUGGGGACCGUCGUCUCAAAGGAACCUGGCUGUGUGGAAUUCUAUCUUACUCGAGAAAUUUGGUAAUCAGCCUGCUUUCUCUGACCGUUCUGGGUAUAAGUUACGAGAGGGUACAAUCCCUGACGCCUCGCUUAUCGACGGUUCUCAUCUCCAGAGUUAUUUCGUGCAUAUGGAUAAUCGCCACAACAUUGACCUUGCCCAGUUUCUUUACCAGCGUGUAUGUGGAAGAUGACGAGGAGAAAACGUCGUCCUGCAAAACGUUUCCCUUUUUUGGAAUCGUGGCCUGGGAUAUUUUUAUGGAAAGUGUGCGAUUUCUUAUUUUCCAUGCAGCGGUCUGUUCUUACAUGAUGUUUGAGUUAUACAAAGUACGUUCAAAACUAAAGUACAUCUAUUUGUUUAAAGACAUACAAAACCACAAAUUACAAGAAAAAGUUCAGAGAGUGCGAUUCAUUUUCUUAUUUUCAAUUACGUUUAUCGUUUUCUGGGUUCCACUCGGACUAUUUAUAUCCUUUUACAAAACUACUAGGAGAAAAUCCAACACAAAUUUCAAAGGCUAUACCAUGUCAUUGUUGGGUCUCAUCACAACCAUAUUCUACAUUUACAUACUCAUUUGCCCACUUAUUGUUUUAUGGGGGAACACAAAUCCAUCUAAACGGUCAUGUUGUUGCACACAAGAAAUUAAGGUCAACCAAAUAGUUGACAGAGAGGGCUCUGGAAUUUCUCCCAGUGGUUGUUCCCCUGGUCGGGGAACAACCACUUUGGGAAAACUUCUCACUGCGACAAACCCAAUCCCAGCACAACGAGCAACUGCAUUGAACAAGAAAAACGUGACAUUUCAAUUUCAGAUAACUCGAAUUUGGAAAGAGUUUGCAUUGUGGUAGAUGUGAAACGUGGUUUAGAAGAUUCUGAAAUUGCAAAGCAAUACAACGAACCAAUAACAGUGAAUGAAAACCCAAGAUCACCACAAAAAGAGUUUCUUCCCUCAAUAUCCAAACUUUCAGUCGUUCAUCUACCCGAAGAAAUUAAUUAUCAGAAAAUUACAUAUGUAUAACCAUCCCACUAUUCCACUCCCAAAUGCAAUUAUGUAUGUGCAUAUUCGUGUGCACAGAAAGCACUAUAAAGCUAAUAUUUUGAGCAAUAUUCAGAAAAUGCAUGGGUUUGUACAAACAAUUACGCUUAAUGGCCAUUAAUGCACCCCCAUUAAAUUGUAUCACUCUAUUCGCAAGUAUUUAGUAUCUAAAGAUGAUGAGCACUGUUUUUCCCAUACAACAUAAUUGACUGUAUCAGUCAUGUGUCAAAGAAUUGUCAAGAAAAGACAAUGUCAAAAUCAUUAAUCUUUUACCAAGCUUAUUAUUAUAAUGCAUAAACUGUGACUUUUAUGACGUUAGGCAUCAUUCAUAUGCAUCUGCUUUAUACGUGCAUGUACAUCUUCACAGUUUUUCAGUGACAGUCAAAUUUAGGUACAUACCUUCCAUCAUGGACGAGGUGUGAUAACGUUUAACAAUAAUCACAUGCCUAAAAUGCGACACGAUUUAAUUCAAAGAAUUUUUGAGAUCAUGAUUUUAUAAUAAUGCUUCAAGAUGCCAAGUCCUAUUAUUGAGACAUCAAAAUUUAGCAUGUCCACCAUAAAAGAGUGAUUCUUAAUGGCGCUCGACUUUGACUCUUGACAUUUUGCUUUGUUAUUACGAUUUCAAAGAUCACAACUAUGAAACACGUGUCUUUAUUAUUUAUCAAAAAAAUAACACACGAGCAUUUUGAAAAGUUUGUAUCUCUGCCAAUCAAAUGCAAAAUUGCAUGAUUUUAAUCAGAGAACAAUAAGAAAUAAGAACUAUCUAGGCAGCAGGAUCUGGUCGCCGUUCAAAUCAAAUCGUAUUAGAUAUAUGUACAUAUGUAGUACAGCUUAUGCGAGGCAAAGAUUAAAUUCAUGCUGGAUUUGUUGUGACAUUCCGCAAUAAAUGGUCUGCAUUAUGAGAAUUUAUCUAUCGAUGUGACACACAUAUUUGACAAGGUGAUUCCAACCAUUGAAACAAGCGAAUUGUAAACAUGUCGUAUACAUAAAAUCCAGUUUUUUAAAAGAUAAUAUCUUUGCAAGUUUCUUAAGCUUACAUGUAUUUGUACUGUGUGUGGCAUUGGAUCUUUAUGCAUAGUGACGGAUUUAAUUCGCAAUUUUGUACAAAGGAAAUAUGUAUUCUUUGAGGUCUCUUGAAAUGGAUAUUCGCAUAAUUCCAUAAUUACGGAUUACAUACAUAUGUAACGCGUCACGUAGAUGUACAUACGUAUUACAACCGUUGUGUGUACAUAGAUUUCCACUUACAUAAUGCUGGUAAACCUGUAACACAACGAAAUACUUUGGAUUAGUUUGAAAAAUUUGGCAUGUUUUCCUCUAGUGUGAGAAUAGAAUAGAAUUUUUGGCUUAUGCCUGCAUGAUUCAUCUAAAGAUAAUUGAUUGUCCUAAAUAUACUGAAAUUAGUCCUUUUAGAUAUCAUCAAAACAUAAAGUUUUAUACCAAAAACAAAAUUUGCUUACGAUAACAUAAACAACAAGCCAUAAUUAUGGAUAUUUUGGUUCCUUUAAUUAACUCCCGACCUUGUCGCUUAUUUGUGGUGUGUAUGGUUC